CUAUCUUCCCUUUUUUGUUCUUCAAACUUCAUAAUUCUCAUAUAUGGUUUCAAUGCUCUUCUUCUUCUUCUUCUUCUUCUUCAUUCUUAUUCAGAGACAUGCAAUAAGAAGCAUUGGUGAAGAUGGCUAAUAAGUUUGUUCUUUUACUUCUUUCUCUUUGUUUCAUUUCAAGUGGAUUCAGUACAAGACCACCAGUUGUGAAGCUUGGUGCUGUUUUCUCAGUCAACUCCACCAUUGGAAGAGUUGCCAAAGUAGCCAUUGAUGCUGCAGUGGAUGAAAUCAACUCUAAUUCCACUCUUCUCAAUGGCACCAAACUUCUUCUCCAAAUGCAUGACUCCAAAUGCAAUGGAUUCACAGGGAUUGUUCAAACUAUUCAGUUCAUGACAACUGAUGCUGUUGCAGUAAUUGGACCACAGUCUUCAGACACUGCUCAUGUGAUUUCCCAUUUUUCUAAUGAGUUUCAUGUCCCUUUUCUAUCCUUCUCUGCAACAGACCCCACACUAACUUCCAUUCAAUUCCCAUUUCUUGUUAGAACCACACAUAGUGACCUUUUCCAAAUGAUUGCCAUUGCUCAGCUCAUUGAUUAUUACCAAUGGAGAAAUAUUAUAGUUGUUUAUACUGAUGAUGAUUAUGGAAGGAAUGGUAUAGCUUCUUUAGGUGAUGAGCUUGAGAAAAUACGCUGUCAGAUAUCGUACAAAGCCGUAUUGUCACCGGGAGCUACUCAAGCCGAUAUCAGCAAUAUGCUUGUUAAGAUUGCAUUGAUGGAGUCUCGAAUUAUCAUCGUGCAUGCAAACAUUGAUUUUGGUCUCACAGUCUUCUCAGUAGCUCAUUAUCUUCAGAUGAUAUCUAAUGGUUAUGUGUGGAUAGCAACAGAUUGGCUCUCAUCUUUUUUAGAUUCUUCUGCACCAGUUGAAAUGGAAAUCAUGAGCACAUUACAAGGAGCUCUCUCAUUGCGCCAACACUCACCCAAGUCGGUAAAGAAGCACAAUUUAGUAUCGAAAUUUCCCGAACUAAGAAAGCGAAAAAGCAAUGAAGUUUUUCGAAUUAAUUCUUAUGGUUUACAAGCUUAUGAUACUGUUUGGUUGAUUGCCAGAGCUCUUGAUUCUUUCUUCAGAGACAAUGGAACUGUUUCAUUUUCUAAAGAUUCAACACAGCAAUACUUCAGCCUUGAUGCAAUGACAAAAUUUGAUGAUGGACAAACUCUGCUGAAUAAGAUCAAAACAACAGAAAUGGAUGGUGUGACAGGGAAAAUUCAGUUUGAUUCUGAUGGAAAUCUAAUUAAUCCUGCUUAUGAUAUUCUUAAUGUUAUAGGCACUGGUUUAAGAACUGUUGGGUUCUGGUCAAAUGCUUCAGGAUUAUCAACAAGACCUCCUGAAAAAAUCUACACAAACAUGACUAGUAAGUCCAGUGAGAAUCACAAGCUUCAUACUGUGAUUUUUCCCGGGAAUCAUCUACCCCCUCGCGGUUGGGUUUUCCCUAACCAUGGCAAGGAAUUAAGGAUUGGAGUUCCUAACAGAGUUAGCUACAAAUCCUUUGUUUCUUGGGAUCCAACUACUAAUACAGUGAGAGGAUACUGCAUAGAUGUUUUUUCUGCUGCAAUUGCUUUACUCCCAUAUGCUGUUCCAUAUAAAUUCGUACUAUUUGGUGAUGGAAUUCGCAAUCCAAACUAUACUGAUCUUGUUUUUAGAGUCUCAACAAAAGAGUUUGAUGCUGCAGUGGGAGAUAUUACAAUUGUAAAAAGCAGGACAGAAAUUGUGGAUUUUACACAACCUUAUAUUGAUUCUGGGCUUAUUAUAGUUGCACAUACACAAAGAUUUAGAUCAUAUGUUUGGGCAUUUCUGCAGCCAUUUACAGUUGAAAUGUGGUGUACCACAGGUGCAUUCCUUAUUUUUGUUGGAACAGUGGUUUGGCUUCUUGAGCAUAGAGUUAAUGAUGAUUUCCGCGGUCCACCGAAGCAACAAUUUGCCACUUUGAUCUGGUUUAGCUUCUCAACUUUGUUCUUUGCUCACAGGGAGAACACAGUGGGAACUCUUGGACGUAUGGUUCUUCUGAUAUGGCUUUUUGUGGUGCUAAUAAUUCAAUCAAGUUACACAGCAAGCUUGACUUCAAUCCUGACAGUAAGACAGCUCUUCUCUCCAAUAACUGGAAUUCAUGGAUUAAUAGCAAGCAAUGAUCCAAUUGGCAUUCAAGUUGGUUCUUUUACUGAGAACUAUCUUGUUCAAGAGCUUGGAAUAAAAAAGUCCAGGAUAAAAGUUUUAUCAGAUGCAAUAGAGUAUACAAGAGCUCUUGAGCUUGGUCCUAAUCAUGGUGGUGUUGCUGCUGUUGUUGAUGAACAUCCAUAUCUUGAGCUCUUUCUCUCAAGUCAUUGCCAAUUCUCUGCCAUUGGCUCUGAUUUCACCAAAAGUGGAUGGGGAUUUGCAUUUCCAAAAGAUUCACCUUUGGCAGUGGACCUAUCAAUAGCAAUCCUUACACUGUCAGAGAAUGGUGAUCUUCAGAGGAUUCAUGACAAGUGGUUAACAAGAAAAGGUUGUAGCAGUGAGAACAAAGAAAUAGAUUCAAAUCAACUGCAACUUAACAGUUUCUUGGGUUUGUUCAUGUUGUGUGGAAUGGCAUGCUUUCUAGCUCUUCUCAUUCACUUCUCCAUCAUAAUGCGCCAGUUCAUCAGGCAUUACAAUCCAACUGAUUCCAUUGCAUCCAGAAACACUAUAACUGGGCGCAGCUUUCAGGAUUUUCUUUCUUUUUAUAAUGAGAAAGAGGAAAAUGUGAAGAAUACAUCCAACAGGAUGAUGAUGAUGCAGAAUGGAGAAAGCAAUGGUGUCGAUGAUGAUAAUUAAUUGUCUAUGAAUAGAUAGAAUUUCCCAAGAAACAAAAAAUUAAAAAGAAAAUUUCUCUAUGUAUAUGUUGUGGAUUUUUUUUUUUACAUUACUGUGGAACAUAGGACAUGUCUAUGAUCUUAGUUAAGUAUUUUUACAUGUUAAGUGGUUCAUAGAACCAAAUACUUUCCAUGGUUGUUGAAGAAACUUCUCACUUUUAACUCUAGAACCUCUGCAUCCUCUUGGUUUAUAUUGUUCUUUGGCUGUUUGAAAUUUCUGCUAAGGGUGGUGCUAGUUUCUUUAUUUCUGACACGGAUAAUAA